ACCAUAUAUUUGGAAUGUUUUUGUUUUGCACAUUCAUACAUUAUGGUAAAUGAAAAAGUUUGUGAAAACUUAAUUAUUUGCUAAGAAUUUAAAGUUCAGCAAUGGAUAAAGAUUCCGAUAGCACGGUAACAUCAUUGGAUGAGAAUACGGAAAAUUUUUGCACAAAUCCGACCCGUGAUAUAUUGGCGGAAGGUAUCGUAAACUUAUUUAAACCAUCGGUGGAGAAAUUGGACGAACACAUACAAGCCACUCGUGCUUCACAAGUAGAAUUAAAGAAGCAAUUGGACUCUCUGUCGGUGCAACUGGUAGAAAUAGAAAAGGCGCAGCAUAAUAUACCUGAGUUUUCCAGCAAAGUCAAAGAAUUGAUAAACGUAAAGCACAAGGUGACAGUUAUAACAAAUAUACUCAGUACAAGCCAGGAACGUUUAGCUGGACUGUAUAGGCUUAUCGAAAAAGAGCAGCGUCGUAGACAAGCACUACUGGACUCGGCUAUAAGCACAAACAUAUCUUAAAACGAUGAAAA